AUGUUUUCAAUGCUUAAUAGUAUAUAUUUGAUAUUUCAUAAAUAUGAACUUAAUUUUUUAGAGUUAUUAGAGUCUAAAGAUUUCCAAUAUUUUUAAUUAAAUAAUGUAUUUACCAACAUUUUACAAAUUAGGAUACCGAAGCUUGGAGUGCCAAGGGCAAGAGAUUCUUGGGAAUUAUGCCAGCUGUUGGCUGCUGGGCUGUCUGGGCACUCUACCCAAAUCUUUACAACACAGUAUACACUGAUUUCAUCCCCCCUCCCAAAGGUGUCUAAAGAAGAGUACAAGAAGUCUGAGACAUUGAUAUAUCAUUAUUUGAAAAUUACGAUCACAAAAUACUUCUUAGCAUUCUGA